UCACCCGCUUUUGUUCUGGGUUGUUGCGUUGUUGAUCACCAGGAGCGCGUCUUUCUCUGCCUGCGACUUCCGUAUAAAGGGGGACAAAUUGUGGAUCGGGGCCAGGAUGGCGCUGCGCUCUGCGCCCCUCUUGCUCCUGGUGUUGGUGGCCGUCGGUCAGCCGGAGAGCUGCCUCGGCGCUUCCUCGCACUCCCUGAAGUAUUUCUACUCCUCCAUCUCGGAGCCCAGUCAGGGGCAGCCCCACUUUGUCAUUGUGGGGUACGUGGACGGUCAGGUCUUUGUUCACUAUGACAGCAACAGCCAGAAGAUGCAGCCUCGAGUCUCCUGGAUGGAGAAGGUGGGGAAGGAGGACCCCCAAUACUGGGACAUAGAGUCUCAGAAACAAUGGGGCGCAGAGGAGGUGUUCAGACAAAGCCUGGAGACUCUGAGGCUUCGCUACAAUCAGAGCGAAGGUGAGUGAUGGGUCAGAUGGCUC